AGUAGGUCGAUUAAAGGAUGGCUACUCCGGCCCUGUCAACCUUCGUCAACAGUCUUUUUCUUCCUAUUUUAUGGUCCUUAAAGACCCUCUUGCCCUCGUACCGAUGUUUCUCAUAUCCUGCUAGCCUACACUUUCACGUCGCGGGCGGUGAAGUACCACCAUUUUGUCCGGGACGGUACUACCCCUUGUAUUUUUUUUCUUACCAAUAUCAUCUACAAACAUGGUUCUCGUCAGUGAUAAGAAAUAUGCAUGUGAAACGUGCAUAAAGGGGCAUCGCUCAUCCGCAUGCAAACACACGGAUCGUCCCCUUUUCGAAAUUAAGAAAAAAGGUCGUCCAGUCACACAGUGUGAGCACUGUAGAGAGCUACGAAAAACAAAACAAGUACACGUCAAAUGUUCAUGUGGAUCUCAAGAUCACGGCACUCCCAACACCCACGAGGUGUCCCACAGCAAGAAGGGGACGCCGAAGUUACCGGCGACCGCUGCGUUUCCUCAUGGCCUUCCAGAGGCCCUUGAAACGCUAGCUACAUUGCUGCCGGCAUCGGACGACUCAGACCACAGCGGUGAAACCUCUCCAACUGGCUGUAGAUGUAGCUCCGGUGGCACCUGCAAUUGCUGUAUCCCUCGCAAGCCUGCGACACGCCGUCGCUUCUCCGGUGCAGAGCCUCCUAAACGAGACAAGCUUCAUCUAGACUCCUUAAAGCACCACGAAUCCCUAUCUCCUCCUCUUUCAUCUCAUGUCUUGGCGCGUAUUGCUGAGCUCCGUCCAGUACUUCCAAAACCGGCUCACAGGCAACUCCCUCUCGAUGGCUCCUUACAUAAUCCAUCUUCGAGUGUCACUCACGGUCAUAACAUCCGCCAUCAUAACUACGAGUUCAGCCCUUACGGUCGCGCUUAUGGGUACACUCAUUCGGAUCACCUUCAUGAUCAAAAGGGGUCGUCAUUGACCAGCGAUCCCCGCACAUUCGCUGGACGCCCUGUUCAAUCCCCACAGCAAACCUUAGGAAGUCAGCCGAUACCAGAUACCUGGUCGCCUACCGAGGUUUUCCCCUCUGUCUGUGCGUGUGGUGACUCAUGCAUGUGUCCUGGAUGUACCUUGCACAACAAUCCACCAAUUACCGGUGGUGCUACCUUUGCCUCGUGCAGCAAUCCAUCUUCCUGCGCCUUUUGUCUCGAUUGUACCAUAUUGUCCAUACCAGCAGGCAAUCCGCCUCCUAACAUUGACUCGUCCUCUGAUCCAUCACAAUCACAAGAAUUUGAUGAAUGGCUGAGACAAGUCGCCCUUAGCCCGGGCGUCUCAAAUGCUCAAUCGAACUUCAACCCGUAUGAACUGACCACGCCUCAGACACAGUCCUAUCAAAGCGGAAGACCACGGAUACCGGAAACUCCGUCCCCGCCGGUAGGGUGUUGCGGCGGGCGGUGUAAAUGUACUCGUAAUUGUGCUUGCCUUCCAGACUGCUUAUCUGGUGAACGGGGUCCGUGUUGCAGAACGGCUGACUCAAAUACAAACGCUCUUUCAGCUGGGAGACGCCUUCCUGAAUUCAUGGCUAUGACGAAUAUCCGUGAUCAAUUGUCCGCCUCUGGGGCAGGUGCUGGCGGUCAAGGGUACUAUGGUCAGCAGGGAGCAUUUGUGGAUUACUCCGAGCCUCCGAGUCGAUCGUCUUCCGGUUCAUCCUUGGCAAGUCGUGUGCCAACGAGACCUCCAUCCGGCCUGGGUUCUAGGCUGCUGGGGCACAGUGGCCCUUCCAGUAGUAGACCGCCGCCGGCACACGGACCUUCCGGGAGUACCCGUGGUUUUACUACCUAUGCAGAGUCCGAAAGGGCUCGCGGGGCUGCACCGUACUCGAGCUAUAACCCGUCGCUGGAUGCCAUGCGCUUCGACUAGGGAAGUCUGCCAUGAAGUGAAUUCUUAUGGAUCUGAUGUUAUCGUCCUUUCAUUUUCACGUUGUGUUGUCUACUUCUUGUGGCUCGCUGGUUUACUGAUGGACAUGCAGUGGCCGCGAUUGCCUCCUAUUCUAUAUUUUUCUUCUCGCUAUGUUUUUUUUUGCCUUCUCUCGAGGCCACGUCUUGCUCAAUGGACACGAUAGAGACCAUCUAGAACGUCUACUGAGCUUCUUUUUUUUUUCAUUACCA